AUGCACCUUUCUCCCUAUCUUCUCUCCCCCUUCCCCUUCGGGCACCCAACUACAUUCCCAACUCCUUCCUCUCUUUAUUCACUCUCAGCCAUCCGUACCUGUGCUAUCCUCCUGUGUCCCAUGUCCACUCUUGCUUCGUUUUCCCUUUCACCUGGGAGCAUCGGAUAUGCAGACAGGUCCUUCUUGCCAUCUGCCUCCUUGGACCUCUUUUUCCCCUCCCCCAUCCCUUCCUUCUCCUUCCCCCCCCCCCCCCCCCCCCAUCCUCCUCCUCCCCCAUCCCUUCCUUCCCCUCCCCCAUCCCUUCCUUCCCCUCCCCCAUCCCUUCCUUCUCCUCCCCCAUCCCUUCCUUCUCCUCCCCCCCAUAAUCCCCCCCCCCUCUUUCACCCCUCUUCCUCCCUUUCCCCCUUUUACUCCCUCCGUUCCUCUUCCCUUCCCUCGUUUUCUCCUCCUCCCUCCCCCUCUUGUUUCCACCCUUGUUUGAGAAGUCGAUAA